GGGCUAUAAGCCGUCUAGCUGCAUGCCCAGCCGGCUAUUGUAGAGUUUUAUGACUGCCUGCUAUAUGAGGUUUCUCCCUCUCCUCUAAGAGCAGCUUCAGUCGUGGGAGAGUCUUCCAGACUGAGAGGAGGCCCGGCUCUCAGCUAGAAAUCCGAACUGUACAGAUACACUGUGGAUAUGAUCCAUUACCUUCUGCUUUAGUUUUGGAAUACUAGGAUUUAUAUUUCGAGUAUCGGGUAAGUCCAUUUAUCAAUGUGGAUUUGUCCUUUUUGUGCCUUGUUGCACCGGCUUCGUGUGUACAAAACAGUUGUACUUUCUCAAUACAGACGAUUUUUGGACACUUGGUGACGGGACUGAUGACCACGUUGCAUUACGAAUUGGCUGAUUGUGUUUCACUUGAGGCCCGGAUCGACUGUCGAGUGGUUUAGGUAGUUUCAUGUUGUUGGGGUCCAUUUCUAACUCUGCAACAUGAAACUGUCUUAAUUGCCGCAGUUCCACACAUCAAAACCAAAAGGGAAGCAAAUCGGGGACAUAACGAUGAUGGGAUUUGAUGAAAAUUGUGUUUUGGAAGCAUGUUCUAAAACUCCCUGGUUUAUAAACCGAGGAAAGUUGACUGGCUAUUGUGUAGGCUAUAUUCUUAUCCUGUCUCCUGCAAUGUUUUCUUUAGACUUCUCUACUUGAAAUUCGUCGUUAAAAUAAGCCCACGCCAAUGUGUGCUGAAUCUAAACGUGAUCAAAGCAGAGCUGCAGUAUGCGUCGUGGACUUGGGAUUAGGGUUAAACCGUGAGUGUUUUCCGUGAUAGCAGUGACGCAGACACGCCAGACAAGGCCUCGGUUACGACCACUGCAGUGGAGGGGAAGGGGAAGGUGAAUUGGGCAACAGCGACCUCCGUGGGCAAUGAGACCGGAUGCUUCCGCUGCGCAAUAGUGGCUCAGACAAAAGGAGGGGAAGGGCUUUAUGGCGAUAUUUAGAUCCGCCAGACAGGCUGUUAUCUGCAGAGGCAAAAGAAGUGAAUAGCCCCUGCGGUAAACUGGGUGAAAAAAACACCCUGAUUUAGGUUUACAGCCUGAGAGCCAUUGGCAAAGUGGCGUCUUUUCCUCCUCUGAAGGUGUUUGUCUAUUCUAACUUGUAGUGCACAAAUAGGAGGACAGCCGCUCCUUUGCCCCCUCGGCUUGUUUGAUCUCUGCUGGCCAAAUAAAGUGCAACUACCAUUGAGGUGAUAGCUUGCAACCAGAAUGCACAUUAUGGACAGCUUGCGCCUUUGCUUCUCUACUAAAUGCAAUAGUAAUGCAAUAGUAAGAACUGAGUAGGGAGUAUUCCUGCGUGUUGAAUUGUCUGUGGCCUUGUGGGGUGUUGGCCAAGCCUUUCGUUUAUUUGCUGGUGAUAAAUAAAAGCCGCAGCGUAAUGUGUGAGAACUCAAGGUUGCUGUUUUGUAGACGUAAUCUGCAAUAUGGAGUUAGGUUUAGGAUAUUGUGGACGCUUAUAAGCAUUUAGUAAAAAAAUCUGCAUUGAGAUUCAGUUAUUAAUGCUUUCUGAAAUAUACAUACAUUCUCAAUAUUUUAUUAUUGUGAUACAAUGUUUUUAGCUAAAUGCAUGUGCCAGUUGACAUAUGAAUUUUCCACAAAUACAAAGUUAAUAUGUAUGCAUUCAUUUAAUUAUGUUUUAUGUUAACGCUUCUUGCGUGCGAUGUCCUUAAUAUGAAUUAAUUCAAUUGAAUAUGCGUGUUAGCAUUUUAUAAUCUCAAUCUCUAGUACUCAUAUUUUAAAUAUGCUCUUGUCUCCUGGUGCUCGCCACUGCUCGCACCAUUUCGUUUUAAAAGGGGAAAACCACAAGCACCACAUUACGCAUAUUCUUAGCUAUAUUACACCGAGGCACAUGCCUGCAAGCAGGCAUUGCAGUUAAUUUGUUGUUGGCGGUGAUGAUGGCGACGUACAAGCCUAUACAAAUUAUAACGGCUGUGUGAAUAAUAAACGCUUUAAACGGUGGGUUAAACUACGAGAAACUAUGAGCCAUUAAUGGUAUUUGGAAAAUAUUCAAUAAAUAUUUGAGUAUCACAAGUUAAUUCUGUGGGUCAAAACUACAUUUUCACCACAUUUAUUCCGUUUCCCUUAGUCAUUUUAAUUAAUCGUAUACUAUAUUUAUAUUUUCCAUGUUGUGACAAUUGAAACCCAACUAUUGUUUCAGAAUUAAUAUGUAGUCAUAAGCUAUCCCGUAAAUGUUAUUUUUUAUUUUUUAUUUUACGCCAGUUGUUUUACACCGUAAUUAUUGCCAAACGAACAAGACAAACUGCUUGGUUUUCUCUUUUGUUAAUUUGAUUGAAAAUUUCUAAAUAAAAUCUUUCCCAUUUUAAAGAAAUAAUGAUGCUGAUUGAGUUAUUCUUCCGACUAUGAGAAAUGUACAUAGAUCUGCAUUAUCCUCGGUAAGACUGUAAGUAAUGUGGAUUAUUAGAUGUUAAAGCCACAACAUAUACGUGAAGUAGAAUUUCAACUAAAAGCUAAAUCACGAAAUACGGUUAUUGAAAUAUCAGCCCAGACACACAUUAUGCUUAUAUGUUUUAAACAGCAUAGGUCCACAAACGAACUAUCGUAUUUAGAAAUGUUAAACUGAAAAUAACAGUCUUAGCCGCCUAAUGUUAGAUAUUACCGCAUAUAUUUUAGUGCGUCAGUCUGUACAAUUGUUUAACGUGUGAAGCUGAAAAAAGGGAAGUAUACGGACGUUAGAAUAUGUCUCACACAGCCGAAAAAGAACAAAUAAAGAAAAUGUAAUUGUGGUUAUUUGAGAUCCAGACUUUGUUUCAGAUUUGAGCUUCUUCAAUAUAGCGGUGGUUACAAUGUGUUUUGGUGAACAGCAAUGGCAGGGUGCUUACGUGUCCUAUAAAGAACCUCGUAAAAUAGGGCCUCCAAAAAACACACUGCAUCAUUUUGGAUAACCAAAUGUAAUUUCAUCAGCAGCAGUUGGCUAAGGUACUGUAAAACACCUUUUUCAUUCAGUUAUUCACAUUUUCCGUCUAGCAGAUCUAAAUAAUAUCCUGGUAAUUCUUAGCUUUAAAACUAAAGGUUGUUAUAGGAAAACGGGUGAGUAUUUAAUGACCAAAGAGAUUGAUUUAUCCUUUAUUGUUCAGCCUUUAUGAUCACGUGUGUCUGCUACCCAAUGGCAUGGCAGCCUGUCUCCCCAUUACAAGCCCACUGUAGUUCUCUGUGGGGCCAAGUUGCUACUUGAUUUCUCCACAUUGUUAUUUUGUGAGGCUGGGUUUACUGCGUGUGUGUGUGUGUGUGGUGUGUGUGCACGUUUUACUUUUGCAUGAAUCUGCUGUAUGACUGCUUACAUGUGAACGUAUAAUUUUUCUGCCAUGUCGACAUCCGGAACAUUGACUAGUUACUACGUCGAUUCCCUCAUUUUGCCCGAGAGCGAGGACCUCUCUGUGCCGAGAUACACCUCCGGUCCUGGGCUGCAGCAUUCCAGGCAGCCCGCCUCGAUUAGCGACCACAGCGAGCUCGGAACCUGCACCUUCCCGUCCAAACCUCCGGUAUUCGGGCCAUCGUGGAGUCACGUCCCUGCUCAGUUCCCAGGCACCGUUUCUUCUGUGUAUCACCAUUAUGGGCAUCCUCAAGGUCCGGUCGGUGCAGAUACAGAUGGCCGCUAUCAGUCAUGGCUGCUGGAGCCGAUGUCCGGUUCCCUGCCCAUGGCCGGAUUACCGACGAACCAUCACUACGGAAUCAAACCGGAGGGUCUUGCGACGCGAGCUGACGGCGCGCUGCCCGGCUCCCAUACGGCGCUGCUGCUCUCUGAUUACGCCAACGGGACGGUAGCGACGGCAUCACCGGUGGAAAAGGACACACUGUCCGGCCAAGGAGGGGACACGAGCGGAGAAAGUGAAGAGAAACCGGGCCUUGAUCCAAAUAACCCAGUGGCCAACUGGCUCCACGCGAGUGCCACGAGAAAAAAGCGCUGUCCGUACACCAAGCACCAGAUCCUGGAGCUGGAGAAAGAGUUCCUCUUUAACACCUACCUGACCAGGGACCGUAGGUACGAGGUGGCGAGGCAGUUAAACCUCACCGAGAGACAGGUUAAAAUCUGGUUCCAGAACCGCAGGAUGAAGAUGAAGAAGUUUAAUAAAGACGGCGCACCGAAAGAUAUUGACUGAACCGUAGAUAUACAGAAUUUAGCGAGCUUUGUGUGUGGAAGCUCUUAACCCUGCUGGACCUUGUUUUUAAACUCAUUGUCUUAUUGUUCUGUAUAACAGAAGCUGUUAGGCUUAUUUGUCUUGUAAAAAAAAGCAUGUUGGGCUUCAGUUUGAUGCGACUACCUUUAUAUUGCACAAUUUGAAGGGUGCACACUCGUUUUGUAUUUGUUCUUUUCUCUUGUUCAUUUUAUUAAUACCUCGUUAAAGUGUAUUAGUUGGCCUGGUCCCUUUGCUUGUUUGUGUAUGGAUGUUUCUAGCUGUGUGUGCUCUUGUUUGUAGUUAUAUUUGUUGUCUAUCUCAGAGUCCCCUGAGCGUAUAGUUUAUAAAAUGUAUUAAUUUAGCUGUUGUUUAUCCCUUACUGCUAGAACUAUGACUGAUGACCAUGAGUUUGAAUCUAACGUUGGACCCGUAUACCAGACCGAUGGCAUUUGGAAGUAGGUUCAUAAACCUCAUAAACCACUUGAAAAUGCUAAAACACUAAAUUAAAACAUGUAAUAGAAGCUAUAUCACACGACACGAUUGACUAGCUAGGUCUUUCAACUACCUACAAUAAUAUUAUUUUUUUCGAUUGCGGAUUAUAGAUUUGCUUGCAUUAGAUGCUGAACUAUGAAUUUCAGGGAGUAACGUUUUCAAAGUACAUAAUGUUUGUUAGUGAGAGGGAAAUAAAUAAAACACUGUAGGCUACUUAUUGAAUACCUCACGGUCUGCUG